GAUCUCCUCGAAGUGCCGGCCACUGCUUUUGCUGAAUACAUACAUGUGUGCGUGUUGGGGAUGUGUACGGACCCCCCCUCCUCAUGAAAAUCCUGCGUUUGCCCCCGCUGGCCCUGCUGUUCGGGGAUGAUUCUGCUCGUCUCCGCCGCCAGCAUCAGGUCUACCAGCAGCAGCGCGGCCGCCAGCGUCGGAGGCUGUAGAGAAGCAGAAUCUGUCCCCGCGCUGCCUGAGAGGACUCUCCAGAAUCUGUCCCCACUGCCGGAGUACAGAGCGAGGACAUCACAAGCACCGCUGGCUAUGAGUGCCUCCUCCUGCACAUGAAUGAAGGGCGGAAGAACUGCAAGGAGUUUGAAGAUUUCCUGAAGGAGAGGGCAGUAAUAGAAGAGAAAUACGGGAAAGACCUAGUUACUUUAUGUAAGAAGAAGCCGUGUGGCCAAACGGAAAUAAAUACUCUCAAAAGGGCCCUGGAUGUCUUCAAACAACAAAUUGAUAAUAUCGGUCAGUGUCACAUCCAGCUGGCGCAGACGUUGCGGGAUGAGGCCAGGAAGAUGGAGGAGUUUAGAGAGCGGCAGAAGGCAGAGCGGAAGAGGAUAGAAGCUGCAAUGGAAGCAAUGCACAAGCAGAGACAGACUCAUUAUAAGAGGGUGAUGGAUUGUAAGAAGACCUAUGAGCAGAAGUGUCGGGAAAAAGAGGAAGCGGAACAGAAUGUCGCACGGUGCAACAAAAACAAUAUGAAUCAGAAACAACAGGACAAGAUUUACACAAAACUGGCUCAUUCCAAGGUAACCGCGGAAGAUGCUGAUAAGACAUAUCAGCAAAGUAUAAACCUCCUGGAUAAAAUUCGGGAAGACUGGCAGACGGAGCACGUUAUGGCUUGCGUGUUUUUUGAGAACCAGGAUUGGGAGAGAAUAAACUAUUACAGGAACGCAGUGUGGACGCACGUCAACCAGCUGUCGCAGCAGUGUAUCACCAACGAUGUGAUGUGUGAAAAAGUCCGCAAAGCGCUAGAAGGAUGCAGUAUAGAGAAAGACGUAGAAUACUUCACAGAAAAUCAUAAAACAGGAAGUAAACCCCCAGCUCCCAUCCCGUAUGAAAACUUCUACAAUAACCAGAAGAACUCGGCUCCAGCAAUAAGACGGGGGGUUCAGCAGACGCCCACUACUCAGCCAGAUGAUCCCGCCUAUGCGUCAGUGGGAGAUUACAGAAUGUAUCAAUAACACAGCAGGUGACAGACUUGGAACGGAUUCCGACUGGGACUACUACACUCUCUGGGGUGAAGAUGCCAAUGUUGUAGUUUAUAUCAGUAGCUGAGGUUGCAGGACGUCUAAUAAAUACCACAUGCAGACCCAA